AUGACGCGCUCGAGCACCCAGCAACAGUCGAGAAGCCAUGCAGGACACUCCCACCAUGGCCACGGCCACGCACACGACACCUCCUACCUGACCUCUCAGAACAAGAAUGAUGCUGGCGUCAGGAUCACGAGGAUUGGGCUGUUCGUCAACUUGGGCAUGGCCAUUGGGAAAGGGAUAGGGGGUGUAGUCUUCCACUCACAAGCACUUAUUGCCGACGGCUUCCACGCUCUCACCGACCUGGUCUCCGACUUUAUGACCCUCGCCACUAUCUCCUGGUCCUUGAAACCGGCAACGAAUCGAUUUCCGAGUGGAUAUGGCAAGAUUGAGAGCUUGGGUGCUUUGGGAGUGAGCGGCCUGUUGCUCUUUGGGGGCGUUGGCAUUGGUUUGAAUGGGUUGGAUGCUCUCUAUACCCAGUUCAUGCUCGACCCUGCAGCUGUGGUUCAUGCGCAUGAGCAUGCUGAACAUGGGGGCGGUGGGCUGUUCUCAUUCCUGGGACAUAGCCAUAGCCAUGGACCUGCGUUACCAGACCUCAACGCUGCUUGGCUUGCGGCAGGCUCCAUUGUGGUGAAGGAAUGGUUAUAUCGAGCCACUAUGAAGAUUGCCCGAGAACGAAAGUCGUCCGUUUUAGCCUCCAAUGCCGUCCACCACCGCAUCGAUUCCUUGACCAGCAUUGUAGCCCUUGCUACUAUAGGGGGAGCACAUGUAUUUUCGGACGCCUCGUGGCUUGACCCUGUGGGUGGACUGAUUAUUUCCGCCAUGGUAAUAAGAGCAGGCUGGAACAACACAAAAACCGCUCUCCUCGAGCUCGCAGACGUCACGGUGGACGACGAGAUCAAGACCCUAGUCCGCAGAGCCGCGUCUCGAGCUCUAAAAGGUGAUGCCGCCAAGGGCAUUGAGCCUGUUGAGUUCGGGAACGAGACGGAGAUCAGAGACGUCCAAGGCGUCAAAUCUGGUCAGAACUAUCUCAUAGACAUUGAACUCGGGGUACCCAAGGACUUCACACUUGAGCAGAUGGAGAACAUCGAAGACGCGGUGCGGGAAAGGUGUGGUUCGAAAGUCCGCGGGGUUAGACGAGUUCGCGUCAAAUUUGUGCAACUGGACGAUCCGAAUGCAACCCUCGCCGGCGAUUUCAUUGCCACGGACGUGAGUCCAAGAAGCAGUCCAGAGCCGGAAGAUGAGCGCGACGAGCAUGAACACCACCAUCGUGAAGAAGGGCCAGGACAUGACCAUCCUCACAAACACGCAAAUGGCCAUGCAACAGCCUCGAGCCACAGAAAGAAAGAUUCCUGA